AUGGCUGAGAACUCUCAACAAUUUGGAGCAAGAACAGAUGGAGCUAUCAGACGUGUUAAUGAGGGAUCAUCUCAAUCUGAGCUAUGGAAAUCAAGGUGGGCCAUAGAGAUUCCAGCCUCAAGCUUUCAACAGACAACCUCCAAUUCCAGCACUUACCCAAAGCCAAAAUCAUCCCUCAAGUUCAGCAAGUUGGAGGCGCAAAACUCUGGAAAACUACCAUCACAGACGGUGGUUAAUCCCAAGGAGAGUGCUAGUGCAAUGGUGUUGAGAAGUGGGAAGGAAUUGCAGCCACAACCUACUUCACCAAAGAAAGUGGAUGAAGAGCAGAAAGAAGAGGAAGAACAAGAUCCACCUGAGAGUUCCAAUAAGGUAAAGCCUGAUUCCCCUUUACCUAAGAUUUCUAAUGCCAUUGUGCCACCUUUUCCUAGUAGGUUGGAAAAAUCUAAGAAAGAAGAGUACGAGCAAGAAGUUUUGGAGACCUUUAGGAAGGUGGAGAUAAAUAUUCCUUUGUUAGAUGCCAUCAAGCAAAUCCCGAAAUACGCAAAAUUUCUAAAGGAGUUGUGCACUAACAAGAGGAAGCUGAGAGGUGAUGAGAAGGUAAGGGUUGGGGAGAAUGUGUUAGUUGUCAUCAAGAGAACCUUGCCAGAAAGGUGUGCUGAUCCAGGUAUGUUUACUUUACCUUGCGUGAUUGGCAAGAAAAGAAUUGAGCAUGCCAUGCUAGAUUUAGGUGCAUCUAUCAAUGUCAUGCCAUACUCAAUCUAUUGUGCUUUGAAUUUGGGUCCAUUGAAGGAGACUAGGGUAGUCAUUCAAUUGGCUGACCGUUCUAACGCUUACCCUGAGGGGAUUGUUGAAGAUGUUUUGGUGCAAGUUAAUGACCUAAUAUUUCCAGCUAAAUCUUGA